GCCGACUGUGAAUGUGGCUACUCAACAAGCAUCGACGGCAGCCCAGUUGUCUUCACCGACCUGAUCGAGUCCGACUUUACGAGGUUUGCGCAGGAUCAUGUUGCGCAACUAAACACCGACUGGGCGCCGCAGGCGUUCAAUCUCACGCGGGAGCGGGCAAGGGGCGACUACGGUGAGAUGUUUGCCGUGGAGAACGUCUUCGUUGCAAAUCCCUCCUCCUCCUCCUCCUACAGUGAAGGUCAAGGAGAAAGCGCUGGGCUGGGCCUGGUCGUGCGGAGCAAGUCUGUCGACGGCAUGGUCCCUGUCGCCGAGAUGGAUACCCGCCGCCUGGACUUGCUUUGGGGCACCUACCGGGCGUCGAUGAAGAUGACGGAUGUUCCGGGCACGUGCGCGGCCUUCUUCUGGUAUCUCAACGACACGCAGGAGAUCGACAUGGAGUUUUUGUCAAAAGACUUCAACUCGACCAACAGCAGCUACCCAGUCAACCUCGUCCUACAAUCACGCGAGGCGGCGCUGGCGGGCUACGACGCGUCGCGGACGGGCAACUUUGCCAAGGCGUACCUGCCGUUCGACCCGACGGAUGAUUUCCACGAGUACCGCAUCGAUUACACCCCCGGCAAGGUUCUCUUUUACGCCGACGGGCGCAGGCUGGCCGAGAUGGACGGCCCCGCUGUCCCCUCGACGGCGGGCCAUCUCAUCCUGCAGCAUUGGAGCAACGGGAAUAAGUUCUGGUCUGGCGGGCCGCCGGCCGAGGACGCGACGCUGAUGGUCAGAUAUGUCAAGGCUUACUUCAACUCGUCCUCGUCGCAAAGGCAGCAGGACUGGGCAGCCCGGUGUCGCGAUCCUGCAGCGCCCAAUGCCGUGUGCGGGAUACGGGACGGCAUGUGGUUUUUCAAGGACCAGGGCAACAUGACGAAUAACCAGACCGUGUAUGGAGAGAGUGAGGGUUCGAGU